CCUGCUCAAUCAAAUGCAUCUCAAUGAGCCCACACUUUCCAUACAUAUAAACUCAACUACUAGAAAGAAUUCAAGCACACAUUUACUUGCCCUUGGAGAGAAUCUCCCAGCACAGUGCAAACACCCAUGGCCUUCAGAAGAGUGAUCUCAUUGCCCUCCAUGCCUCCAAGGGUGCGAACUCUUACUCCAAGUACGUUUCUCAGUGGAGAGGUCCGGAAGUUUCGAAUCAAAGACAUGGCAAGGGCGAUGGAACAACGAGCGCUGGGGCGUGGGCGAUCCGAUCGCGCAGCUCGCCGCCAAGCCAGUGGGAGUGGAGCUCACGGCAUUUCCAGAGGCAGAGGUGGAUUCGACGUGGGGAAACCUCACGCACGCUCUCUCGGGCCUCUUUUGCGCAUCGAUCAACUUCCUCGAAUUGCCAACUACGUUCUUGGGGCCGUGGUUCUCGUCGAGGCCCGAGGCAAACCGGACAGGAGGAGGAGGAGCUUUCGACGCUCCUGGCAUGAAGAGGGUGGUGAAAGGAAAGAAAUGGAGCAAGAGCGAGCACUCCCGAGAGAAGCACUCUGUAGAAUGCCACGGCUCACGCCAUGGCUCACGCUUCUCCCAUGUAGAGACAAGGCUGGGCUCACGACGCUCCUGGACAGGCAGACGAUUUACAGUGGUAUGUACCAUUCCCAGAGGCUGCUUAUCACUUCCGGUGACUUCGAUCGGGACGAAGAAGGCACGACAUUGGAGCAGGUUGUUUUCCGAAAGCUGCAAGACUGGACACUCUCCAGCAUGUUUGGCUCAAAGCUGGUAGGCAAGUGCCCGCUUGCAACUACAAGUAGUGUCUAUCUGGAGCUGGAGGAGAGCUUGGCGAAGCACUUGGCUGGAGAUCUCAGCGAAGAAACAGGCAUCAACUUCGCGGACAGUCGUGUUUUCAGUCUCAGCCCUGCUCCAAGUCGGGUGCUCGCGUCCUCUUCAGGCUCUCUUUUUCUGGCACACACAGCGAGCUCAGCCCCGGUGGAUUGGUCUCCGGCUCGGGCUCAGUUCUACACAAGCUGGUACUUGGCUGGCAGCGGGAAUGCAAGGGGAUCCAUCGUCAUUUCGUUUCGGGCAAAUGAUGGUUCUUCCCGGGACUGUUACUCUCCAGGCAUCGAGGCAGCCGAGGAUGAUACCGAGGUAUGUUCGUUUGAAUGGCCACACGCUACAGGUUUCGUUGGAUUGCCGAAACGUGGAGUUUUGGGACUGAUGAGAUUCACACCAGCAGAAGAUCGCAAAGCUCCUGCGGCUGUGGAGAUUGCUCUGCGAGUUUCUAUUGCAACCCAGGCCAUAACUCUUGACGAUCCAUUUCGAUUCACAACCCAAGAGGGGGCUUUGCCAAGGACGAAACGCCGAGCAGCACGAAUGCGGGGGAUAAUCUCGUCUGGUGGGCGAUCUAACAAAAACGCCAUGGAUUUCGCAAAGACCCCUGUCAUAUGGUUCAAGUACAUGGUAUGAUUUUUUUAUUACGGGAACCCGGUUCCCGAGAUGAUGGCUAUCAGGUAAGUGUAGAGGUAAACCGUUGUAGAAGACCCGGGUUCGAUGCCGAAGGGUCCACUCAACAAGGACUUUUAUGCAAAAAUUUUGCUAAAUAAGGAGCCAUUAUUCUGGUUC